AUGGGGCCAAAGGACAGUGACCCCUACCUCCCUAAAACCUCCUUUCAGGACUUCCUCCGAAAUAUUCCCUCCAAACUCCUGUCGGCCGACCUCUACGAGAAGUGGAUGCAAGCUCUGGAGAAGCCAAGCAAGCAGGAGAAAAUUGAAGAAUUGAAAGAGGUGGCUGACAAACUGCCUCGGCCAAACCUCGUCUUGCUCAAGCACUUGCUGUCUCUGCUCCACCACAUCAGCCAAAACGCCGAGACCACCAGGAUGGACUCCAGCAACCUGGCCAUCUGCGUUGGCCCAAACAUGCUGAGCCCAGAGACAGACAACACGCUCCCGCUGGAAGUGCAGAAGGAGAUGAAUGACAAGGUGUGUUGA